UUUCAAAACGCUCUAAGUCGAACAUCGGAAUUUGAUUACUAUUGGAUAUAAGAGACUUUUGUUUACCAUGUACAGAUCUUUGAUCUUUAGCUCUUGUCUUCGCUUGUGUGCCAUAAUAAUAAGCUUAAAUUUGGUUAACUCUUCGCUGCUUUUUACCACUAACUCUGAAUAUGGGAUAUUCAUGGCCAUUUCAGUGCCCAUUGGAUUGCCGCAUCGCAAUGUGUUUUUGUCUUAUAAUUACGAGUUUAAUUAUUAUCAACCGGAGCACGUGUACAAAUAUCCUCCGAUUUUGAUGGGUCAGGACUUUGAAGAAAGCUAUCUGACAUAUCCGACGACGGGACGUGAGGCUAAUGGCAGGCACUGCCAAAACUGUACGGAUUGGAAAAUACAAGGAAAUAAAACUGAAUCGAAAAAUUCUUCAACAAGUCCUGCUUCACGUGAAAAGCGAGCUUUAACUCUAAUGAGUCGCUCCGUUUUUUAUGCUAUGUUGCGGGAUAAAUUAAGAAGGUCUGGUUUUAAUGGUGAAGCCUGUUUGCUGCGGUUAAUAUGUGACACAAAUGCCUCGCAACUGGGCGAAGUAAAUGGUUUUUUGGGCAGCCUAGUUCACAUUAUAUUUAGUCCUAGUAGUUCAAAGGAGGAGCACCUGCCCCAUGAGUAUUACCAGGCCGAAUGGGAUGGCCGGGAGCAUCAGGAGUGCUCCGCUUAUACUAAGACCUGUGAUGAAAACAUCUUGGACCUGAUUUCUGUGCCACUGGAACAGGCUCUAAGCGAUAUUGUAAGCCGACGCAGAUGA